UUCAACCCUCAUUCAAAACAGAACACAGCUGUUGCAGAGCACACCGCUUUUGGCUUUGUAGGAGCCUCUGAAAUUUGCCGGGGUCGAGUUUCCCUACCCGAAAAGAGGAAUUUGGCACCCAUUUCUGUGUGAUUGCAGUGUGAGGAGGACACAGACAGAUAAACACAUCCACUCUCUGAGCCGUAAAGAAGAGGCAGCCAUACCUCAGCUCUCAAGCACAAUGCCCAUCUGACACACAGCUAAGUGCACACACUGAGGAUGAGUAGUGCUGUCCUGCACUGACAGACAAAUGGUGUGGGAAUGAUGGACCUCCCCAAUGGCCAAUCAAGCGUCACCACCGCUGCUGCCACUGCCUCGGAGAAGAGCAGCAGCUCAGAGUCUCUCAGUGAGAAGGGUUCUGAGCUGAAGAAGAGUUUUGAUGCUGUCGUCUUCGAUGUCCUGAAGGUUACCCCUGAGGAGUAUGCAGGUCAGAUCACUCUCAUGGAUGCUCCGGUGUUCAAAGCCAUUCAGCCUGAGGAGCUGUCAAGUUGUGGCUGGAACAAGAAGGAGAAGCACAGCUCUGCCCCUAAUGCUGUGGCCUUCACCCGCAGGUUCAACCAGACAACUUUCUGGGUGGUGAGGGAGAUCCUUCAUGCUCAGACCCUGAAGAUCAGAGCUGAGGUACUCAGUCUGUACAUCCGAACUGCCAAGAAACUGUGUGACAUAAACAAUCUGCAUGCAGUGAUGGCUGUGGUGUCGGGCCUACAAAGCGCUCCCAUCUAUAGACUCUCCAAGACGUGGGCGUUGUUGAGUCGGAAGGACAAAGCAACAUUUGAGAGGUUGGAGUAUCUCAUGGCCAAAGAAGACAACUACAAGCGCCUGAGAGACUACAUACGCAGCCAGAGCAUGAACUCCUGCAUACCAUACCUGGGUAUGUAUCUGUCUGACCUGACGUAUAUAGACUCAGCGUAUCCCUCUACUGGCAGCAUCCUGGAGAAUGAACAGAGAUCCAACCUCAUGAACAACAUCCUGAGGAUAAUAUCUGACUUGCAACGCUCCUGCACCUACGAUAUACAAGUGUUGCCUCAUGUCCAGAAGUAUCUCAACUCAGUCAUGUACAUCGAGGAGCUACAGAAGUUUGUGGAGGAUGACAACUAUAAGUUGUCGUUGAAGAUGGAGCCAGGCUCCAGCACACCCCGCUCCACUGCCUCUAGAGAGGACCUUAUAGGUUCGGAUGUGUCUGCGUCUCCUCUGUGUGGCCGUAAGGGCCCCAUUGCAGACGGAACCAAAGUCCCUCCCACGCCCCCCUCCCCCCGGAACCUCCUCCCCUACGGACACAGGAAGUGUCACAGCCUGGGCUACAAUUUUAUUCAUAAGAUGAAUACGGUAGAGUUUAAGAGCGCUACAUUCCCCAAUGCUGGUUCUCGUCAUCUAUUGGACGACAGCGUCAUGGAGAGCCACACCCCUACGAGAGGACAGGCCGAGAGCUCAACGCUCUCCAGCGGCAUCUCACUGGGGAGCAGUGAGGGUUCAGAACUCAGUGAAGAGAUGUCCUGGCCAGCCUUUGAGAGGACUCGGUUCUAUCACUCUCUGGGCCCUGUGACCCGCGUGGCCAGAAUCCCCUACAGAGGAGGCCUGAGGCCCAGCAGCUCUGCUGAGUCUGAGGAGUUAGCAGUGCACCUGUACCCUGGAGCCGUCACCGUGCAGGGGGUCCUACGACGCAAAACUGUCUUCAAGGAGGGCAAGAAACCCACCGUGGCGUCUUGGACCAAGUUCUGGGUGGCUCUGUGUGGAACUCAGCUCUACUACUACCAUGCCAAGUCCCUAAAGGCCACAGAGAGAAAGCACUUCAAGUCGUCUAGCAGUAAGAGUGUGUGUGUCGUGGGGUUAAUGGCCAUCAUGUCAGACGACCCUGAACAUCCCGACGUCUUCCUGCUCACAGACUCGGAACACGGUAACACCUAUAAAUACCAGGCAGGGAACAAAAUGAAUGCCCUUCUGUGGUUCAAACACCUCAGUGCUGCCUGCCAGAGCAACAGACAACAGGUAACACACACACUCUCUCACACACACACAUACCCACACCAACCUGCGCUCAUGCCUUUUUCUCUCUCUCUCCAGGUCCCAGCCAAUCUGAUGUCCUUUGAAUGAGUGCUGCUGUAGAGGACGGAGCGAUAGAGCUAAAAUAGAGGAAGAGGGCUAGUGACUCAGCACCAGGAGCUUUCACUGACAUGACCCCAAAACUAUAACCCCAGCCCCACUGGAGCCCCACCUGCCACCACUGCCUUAACCUAAGGAGCCAUGUGUGUGUGUGUGUGUGUGUGUUGAAGCAGUGGUUAUUAUGGUUGCAUAGACUACUGAAUGAAGACCUAAACCACUUCUUCUCUCUCGUUCUCUGUUGUUUUUCUCUGUGGAACUAUGGGAUGUCUCUUCCUCUUUCUUGGAUGCUUCUUAAGGAUGGAUGGACAUGAUUUAUCCUUGUUUUCCCUCACUCCCUCUCUUCUUGACAUACUGUGCUCUGGUGGAAGACGGACUCUGCCCUUUCUAAUACUGGACUAACCCAAUGGAAUGGGAUUUCAAACACACUUUUCUUUAUCACACUUUGGUUCACAAACUCCCACACACACAAGACUCCGACGGUGUCUUCACACUUGAGUUGAGCUCACAAAACGGACACUUUUUUACACACAUUCACUCCCCCCUUCUGAGAGUGUGUGAUUGGCCUGUGUGAUUGCAGCAUUGUGAACAUUAAGGGCUUUGAUUCUCAAAUCUAUUCCAGCAGAAACCACACACACGUGUCCUGAAUGUAUCCUACUGUUUUAUAUUCCAGAGCCUCUCCUCACCGUGUGUGUGGGUGGUGGUGGUGGGGGGGGCACACACUAUAUAUGGUAAGUCACGGGAAUGAUAAACCCAGACUCUAAGCUUUUCUCAAUUCCACCUUUAUGGACCCAGUUAUAUCGCUCUUAUAAACAGGCUUUAUAUGUUCUCUCUGUCCACAUGUUAAAGCUUGAGAUUCACCAGAACACAGAAUAACACUAAAGACUUGAAAGCUGUGAAAAAGUGAACGAUGGAAUGUUAACCCCAGAAAAAGAAUUCAUCUCCACUUUCUUUUUUUGUUAUUGCUUGAACAUAAGAGGGAGCUACAGGUUCUGACCUGAUCUGCUUUACACAUCGUGAGUGUGUUUUAUAUACACACACACACAGCUAUCGGGAGCCAUUCAGAAUCCAUAUUUUGUUGGUUAGUGUUUUCUGUUACCUUGGUGUUGUUGUGUUGGGGACGUAUCAGCAGUAUUACCCUGUAGAUGACUUGCACAUGUCUAGCUUAUUUUAAUUGUCUGUUACAUUUCAUUUCUGGCCUCUUCCCUUUUUUUUGGAACAUGUUGUACCUUUACUUGUUUUUGAUUUUUAUUUGUGUAGUGUUAUUGUUUUCUCACCUAUGAGUUUGUCACAUAGGGUUACGGUACAGAUCUACUCUAUUGCCUAGUUCCAUGUCAUCCUCUAGACCCAUCGCCUGGUCACUACUCUAGACCCAUCGCCUGGUCACUACUCUAGACCCAUCGCCUGGUCACUACCCUAGACCCAUCGCCUGGUCACUACCCUAGACCCAUCGCCUGGUCACUACUCUAGACCCAUCGCCUGGUCACUACCCUAGACCCAUCGCCUGGUCACUACUCAUGGCAUCUUCAAUUAAAACUAUGGAGAGGUGUAGAUGACUCCACCUCAUCCUCCAAUUGGCUGAGAGAAACUUCCACCAUAUUGCUUACACCUAUCCAGUCCUUUCAGAUCUGUGAACAGUUAAGGAGUACGAACUAGAGGGAGGGGCUAACAAUUUGAAGUGGACCCAGCCAAAGUGUGUAUGGUUUGGGACUCAACCCUGAGUGUGUGCCAAUGUACCAGACACACAUUUGUAUUCUGAUUUGGGAGAAAGUGUUACAAUUAGAAAAAAUUAAAUGAAUACGUUCUUGGGAAAGGAGAAAGGAUGGUGUGGUCACAUUCUCAUACUACUCUCAGAAAGGACUUAAACCACUAGAGAAAGCGUUAUCUUGCAUUCUCCUGACUGUUUCCAUCUCAACCUGACAGUCAGGUUAGGUCCUGACUUGUAACAAUGGUUUACAUCUCCCAUCUGUUCAUAUGUUUGUAUAUUUUGCAUGUAUAUUGUUUACAUAGAGGUCCAGCAAGUUAGCAUCACAUUCCUCACACCUCAAACUGACACUAUGUACUCUAGCAGCAAGAGACUCCAACUCCCAUGGGCCAGUGCGGCAACAGUUGUCUGUUAUGUCCUGUAGAGGCUAAGCUAAUGGGAGAAGGUCGAACUUAUCCAUAACCAUUGAUACAGGGUCAUAUGUAUUCACCCCCUAAUGGUUAAGGUUAAGAUUGGGGUUGGUGUAAUCUGAUCCGAGAUCUGUUGUUUAGGGCAACUUCUACAUAUUCCAUUUCAGGCUCAUUUCCGAUGUGCUCUGCUCCUCAGCUCCCAGCAGUUAUCCCACACACAGCUACAGCUCCAUUAAUAGCAAGACUCCAGCAGGGCUAUGUCAUACACAGACUAGGGGAUGAGGAAGCUAGAGAAAAAAAGGAAUGAGAGGGGUAGCGUUACAGUGAUACAAAAGGACAAGAGAGGAAGGUAGUACAACAGUAUGAGUGUGUAAAAACUAUUUUUGUUUACCUGCUAGAAAGCAUUAGACAGACAGAGCCUCAUGGCUGCCAUUUCUUCACUGUUGAGCAGUGGGUAAAUCUGUAUAGAAUGUGGUAUAGCAUAUUCUGUGUGGAGUGUGAUUGAACAAGGAAGGAUAUAGUAGAAAUAGAGGGGUGAAUGGAACUCUGAUGCAACAGGAGCUGUACAGAGAAGCAGGCAGACUGAUGCUCCCCACAGAAGACCAGCAGAGGAGAAAGUAGUCUUUCUCCCUUCUUUUUUCCCCCUCUCACAGACCCCUCCUUCACAUCUCUCUCCCUUGGACAUAGAGGGCUUCAAUGCAGGCUGAAGAGAGCGGCAGAUUAAAUGGCAGACAGGAAUGCUCCCAUGUUACAGUGUAGUGUCAAACAGUGCUGAAGUGAGGGAUGUGGAUGCCUAUAGGGAAAGGUUUAGGAGUGUCUGAGUUUUUACAAUCUGUUAUGGUGGGCUUUUUGUUUCUGAGAAAUAUCAAUGUCAAAAUGGUUUGUUUGUUUUUUGAGGUUUCCCUAUUGUAACCAGAGUUUCCACAGUUUGUGUCCAUGUACAAAUACACAACCAGCUGUGUAUUAUUUACUGUCUAGAGUAAAGUUUAUUUUUGGAUUUGUCUGCAGUGUUAAAAAAAAAAAUACUCAGAAAUCCUUUAACAGAUAAGAUGAGAUGACUCGGUAAUGUGUGGUGAUGUUAUGUGUGCUGUAGAGAUGGAGAAGUUGCCCGCAGCUCAAGGGUCAACUUAAUUCCCUUUAAAUCCAAACUUUAACCAUUAGGGGAAAAUGUAAACUGACCUUAGAUCAGUUUCUAGAAGAGACAUCUACCUACUCCUAUAUGGCUCAGUUUGAGAGUGAUGUUUAUGUGUUGACGACGUCACUUAGCUUUGUCCAUGUCCCAUGACCUGUGGGGUGUGUCCAUGUGCUAUCCCUCUACCUCCUGUACUCCGACACCAAGUGAGGACCCAUCCAUGUUACGUGACCUGGGUUUGAACUAUGACCUCUGAAUUGAGUGAUGUGACCUGAGUCUCAGCCAGAUAACCAAUAAACACACUGCCCUUUUUAUACUCUGCCCCUCGGUUCACUUUCAUUUAUAUUAACAUGGUUUCAGCUAAAUGUGGUGUAUGUGUGCCGGGCCAGGAGUUUCUACUUACCACAACCUGUUAAAUGUCCUGGACAGGGCAUGUGGUUAGGAAAAAUGUGUAUGUGCGUGCUUAAUCUAGUGUUAAUACACUUUAGGUGUGGAUUGAUCUGUAAUCUUUCCUACUGAAAUAAAACCUACUUGAAUUGUU